CACGUCAGACAGUGCCACAUAAGCAGUGCCACAGCAGACACUGCCACGUCAGACAAAGUGCCACGUCAGCAGUGCCACGUCAGCAACAUGACGGGCCUGCCAGGCCAACUGGCCAAUGAGCCCAUUGCCGACUACAAAAAGCGCGUCCAUGCUCAGCUCGCUGCAAUCGAGGCUGAGGAACAACGCCAGCUGGCAGUCAAGGCUGCCCAGCUACAGGCUGAUGAAGCGGCAACAGCAGUGAAGCUGCGGCUACAGGCCGAAGCAGAUGCAGAUGCCCAGGCUCGCCGCAAGGAAGCCCAGGCUCUGCUGCAGCGGCAUGAAGCCAACAGCAUCGAGAAACUCAAGUACUGGCACUUUGAACCGAACGGCGACGAGCCAACACCGGAAGAGCAUCAUAAGGAGCUCAUGGCCAAGCUCGUGAGCAGGUUGGUUUACACAUGUAACCACCUACAGUUCGAGCUGGCAAACCGUCAGCGAGCCGUGCGGAACCAUAAGAUUCAGCACGAGGAUGCCACACGGGCACUGGACGCCCGUGUACUGGGCCUGGAACAGGCUGUGCCAGGACUAGAUGCUGGAGCUUCCAGCAGUGCAUCCUCUAGCUGCCAACUGGAGGAACGCGUUGACCAUGUCGUGGCAAUGCUAGGAGACAUAAGUGUCUUCACAGAGCCGGCCACCAUCAGCCAGCGGUUCGAGUUGCUGGACACUAAGAUCAGUCAGCAACAGCAGACUGACCACAACCACAACAACAACUCAGCGAGGCCAUACAAGAUGCCGACGUUCCGGAUCGAGAAAUUUGAUGACUACACACAUCAAGACCCGGUCGUCUGGUGGCAAGGAUUUACAACGAAGUUGGGGAUUCACGAAGUCCCUGACCAUCUGUUCAUCAGUGCUCUGUUCAUCAACACCAAGGGAGGUUGUCAGAUCUGGCUCAGCCACAUGGCAACCAUCCACGACGUCCAGGUUUCAGACCUGUACAAGAAGGUCUCCUGGGAAGACAUGACGAAGGAAUGGAAGAAGCGGUUCAUCAUCGACGACGCCCCAGCACUCGCCGUCAACCGCAUCUUCACGAUGGCUCAAUGGAGCACACCGACACGUGACUGGCUCACGGAUUGGCAGAAAAUCGUGGCGACGCCCGAUUUGGACUUGUCAUUUCCGCAUCUGCGGCGUGAGUUCUACAACAGGUCAUGCGCCGCUCUCAGCCUCGCACUUGGUGAUCGCGAGCAGUACAACACUUUCGCAGAGAUCAUCAACAAAGCGAGAGAGCUCAUCAAGACUAACAGGCCGGCUGCACAUGAGAAGUCCACGUGGCAGCCAACCUAUGCGGAGAAGAAAGAUUGGGUUGACCGCCUCCCCGACAUCGAGUUCGCCUACAACACUUCGGUGCAUCCGGCGAUCGGCGUGACUCGAUUCGAGUUGCACCACGGUGGACGGAAAGGUUGGAUCUUCGCUGACCUUCUCCUCCCUCGACCAGCCGACAUUGACGCUGCCUGCUCUCCCGCUUCCGUCCGGAAGUACAGGGAAUUGCUGACUCAAGCCCGCGCAAAUAUGCAAAAGGCUCAAGUCCGCAUGCAGCAACAAGCCAACAGGCGUUGCGUACCAUGUCCCAUCCGCGCCGGUGAUCUGGUUUGGGUCUCCGCGGAAGAGUUUGCACUGGAACAGGAUGUUUCACGCAAACUGCUUCCCAAGUGGUUUGGACCUUGGUCUGUGACAGCAGCCACGGGCGAUGAGCCCGAUGACCCUUCAUUUGUGAUCAAUAUUCCAGAGCAUCUGACGGUCCAUCCGGUCUUCCACGCCUCGAAGCUGGCAACAUACACGCCAGCCAAGAGGGACGACUUUCCGGACCGACGAUUGCAGGACCCUCCUUCUAUGGAUGGCCAUCAGGAAGUUGACCGCGUCAUCUCCGAUCGCAAGUACGGCAGCAAGCCGCGAUAGUACAAAGUCACAUUCAAAGCAUGCGAUCGCGACGACACUCGGUGGAUUUCAGACGCAGAUUUGAAAG